ACGGCAUUAAAGCCCCUACAAAGUCCCAACUUCAUUUCAGAACCUCAGAAGACUCUAAAGUUAAAAAUUGCCAAAAUGUCUCUUUCAAACAAGCUUUCAAUUACUGAUGUUGACCUCAAGGGCAAGCGGGUGUUGAUCAGAGUCGAUUUCAACGUCCCUCUCGACUCCGAUAAGAAAGUUACGAACACUCAGCGUAUUGCCGGAGCCGUCCCAACAAUCAAAUAUGCCAUUGACAAUGGCGCAAAGGCCGUGGUCCUCAUGUCCCAUCUCGGCCGCCCAGACGGCAAGGUGCAAGCCAAAUACUCCCUGAAGCCAGUCGUUCCAGAGCUCGAGAAGCUCUUGGAUGGAAAGAAGGUCGAGUUCGCACCCGACUGCGUCGGAAAGGAGGUAGAGGAUAUCGUCAACAAGGCUAGUGGCGGACAAGUCGUUCUUUUGGAGAACUUGCGGUUCCACGCCGAGGAGGAGGGAAGCUCUAAGGAUGCUGACGGAAAGAAGGUUAAGGCAGAUAAGUCCAAGGUCGAGGAGUUCAGAAAAGGUUUGACUGCUUUGGGAGAUAUUUUCAUCAACGAUGCUUUUGGAACUGCCCAUCGUGCUCACAGCUCCAUGGUCGGAGUUGACCUCCCACAGAAGGCCUCUGGUUUCCUCAUGAAGAAGGAGCUCGAGUACUUUGCCAAAGCUCUUGAGAACCCUCAACGUCCUUUCUUGGCUAUCCUCGGAGGGGCUAAGGUAUCUGACAAGAUCCAGCUAAUUGACAACUUGCUCGGCAAGGUCAACAGCUUGAUCAUCUGCGGAGGCAUGGCAUUCACAUUCAAGAAGACCUUGGAGAACGUCAAAAUUGGAAACAGUCUGUUUGACGAGGCUGGCAGCAAGACUGUCGGGGAUCUUGUUGAGAAGGCCAAGAAGAACAAUGUCGAGCUUGUUCUCCCAGUCGACUACAUUACUGCGGACAACUUCGCUAAGGAUGCUAAGACCGGCACUGCUACUGAUUCGGAGGGUAUCCCAGACGGGUGGAUGGGUCUUGACUGCGGUCCUAAGAGUAUUGAGCUCUACAAGGAUGCUAUUAACAAGGCUAAGACCAUCCUCUGGAACGGUCCUCCAGGAGUCUUUGAAUUCGAUGCUUUUGCGAAGGGAACCAAGGCUACCCUCGAUGCUGCAGUUGACGCAGCACAGAAUGGCAAGAUCGUCAUCAUUGGUGGAGGUGAUACCGCAACUGUUGCCGCAAAAUACGGUGUUGAGGACAAGCUCAGCCAUGUGUCAACCGGAGGUGGAGCUUCUCUCGAGCUGCUCGAAGGCAAGGAACUCCCAGGUGUCACUGCUCUGUCGAGUAAGUAAACAAAUGCAGACAAAGCGGCUUCCUCUGAUUCCAGUCAAGACCGGCCCAGCAAGUCCAGCCUAUAAUGAAAAUGAAAGUUGAUGAGUGCACGUUCGUACAUAGCUCAUAUCACAAUCCCAACGAAACUAUCCCAUAU